UGACUUAUGACUUGUGUAUUAUGACUUGACAAAAAAGCGGCAAAAGGGCAAGUUUCAUCACAUGCACCCUUCAUGGACGUUGGAGGUAAAUCUGAUAGUGAAGCAGAAGACGAUUUGAUAUCACAAGUGAAUAUGUUGGCGUUCCAUAGCUUUUGGUUUUGUCUUUGGAUACAACAGGUUAACUCUGUAUUAGGAGUGACACCUUCAAACAUACCAGACACAUCGACAGCAGGAAGUACACGGCUUGAAUUAGUGAAACACUAUUUUUACUGUGGGUUUUCAUAUCCGGAAAUUAUUCUUUUGUUGUUUGUUAUAAAUAACAUUAAAAUAUCGUUGCGAAAGCUUAAUAGAGUACCUAAAUGUAACAACUUACGACGUCGAACUGGAUACACACCAGAUCACAUUGUUCUUGAUUAUAUUUCCAAGGAAAUUGAGACAAGUGGUCAGUGA